UUUGUGGUCUGUGGUGCUAUUGUGAUUGUGGAUUUGUGGUGCUUUUUUUCAAACAUUCCGAAAUUCAAUAGAUUUAUGUAAUUUAAUUUGAGAGUUAUUUAUUUACUGGAAUUAGAAAUGUGAAGCUAAGAUCUUGUAAAAUCUUUGAUAAUCUUUGACUUGAUAAAAUGAUCUUGAUGUGUUGAAUAUGUAUUAAAAAUGGAAAAUUCUGACGAUCCUAAUUUAUAUCUAGAACUUUAUUAGACAAAAUAUCUUCCAUGCAAAUAAUAUUUUUUUCGACAGAAAGAUGAAGAAAGUAUGAUUAAUAUUUCUGUAAUAAUCCCAGUACACAAUGGUGAAAAAUGGAUUAAUAAUUGCAUGAAAUCUAUUGCUAAUCAGACGAUUUUUGAUACUAAAUUAGAAGUGGAAAUUGUUGUAUACAAUGAUGGAAGCACCGACCGAUCUAAAGAUAUUCUUGAUAAUUGGAUCAAAUAUUUUCACAUGCGUAAUAUAUCAUUGAAAUACACUGGAUCGGAACAAUCAAAAGGCGUAGGGGCAGCUAAGAAUGCAGCUGUAUAUGCCAGCUCUGGCCAGUAUCUUUGCUUUCAAGAUAUUGACGAUGUUAUGCAUAAUGAUAGGAUCUUAAUGCAGUGGGAAGUUGCAAGAUUAUAUCACAGUUGUUUAAUAGGUUGUAGAAUAAGUCGGGAUCCUCCAAAUUCCACUCCUCGCUUUGUCAGGUGGGCUAAUAACAUUAAACAGUCGCAAAUGAAGUUACAAAUUUAUCUAUCAUAUGGCCCUACUAUAUUAAUGCCUACAUGGUUUUGUCAUCGUUCUGUGUUUGAUAAAGUUGGAGGAUUUGAUGAGACUGGUUUUGGUACUCCGGAAGACCUUAUUUUUUUUUAUAAUCACAUUGAUGCAGGUGGUGAUUUAUAUAGAGUUGACAAUGAACUUUUAAUUUAUACCUAUCAUAAAGAUGCCACUACAUUUUCUGUUAUGAGAAAUAACAUACAGAAAAUUCAGUUAAAAAGACUUGAAAUGUGUGUAUUACCAAAGUGGGAGCACAUUACUGUAUGGAAUGCAGGCAAAGCUGGUAGAAGAUUUGUGAGAAUGCUUAAUCCAGAAAAUAUUAAAAAAGUCAAGGCAUUUUGUGACAUUGAUAAAAAAAAAAUUGGUCGCACAAUUGAACUAUAUUGCCCUAGAAAAAGAAAAGUAAUAGCAAAGUUACCUGUUAUUAAUUUUAUCAAUGCUAAACCUCCAAUUGUAAUAUGUGUAAAAUUAGAUCUGACUAAUGGAGAUUUUGAGAAUAAUCUGAAAUGUUUGAAUCUCAUUGAAGGAAGUGAUUAUGUUAUAUUUAGUUAAUUUUGAUGUACCCCAAUGAAGUUUAUACCUAAUAUUACAUUGAUUACUAACCUGCAUAUACCAAUAAUUUGAAUUUGUGCUUAAGCGAAUCUGCAUUUUUACCAAGUUACAUUUUAAAAUUAAUUUGUUUGUGCCAUUCUGCAUAACAUAUUAUAUUUAUUAUAAUUUAAGAAAUUAAUGAAAAUAUUACAAAUAAACUACAUAAUUUAA